CGCUCUCCGUGGAGCUGCCGCUGCCUCCGCGCCGCUGCGCAAAUAACGGGACUUCACUCGCAGCUCGAGACUGACUUUGGGUGGAUCAUUAAAGAAUGGAUGACACAUCAGUCGCUGACCUCACAGUCAACAUGCGAGCGCUCAGCAAAACUGACUACAUCUGAUUAACCAGGAGCCAUCAAGCUGACAGAACCACACCGCGGAUUUGCAAAGAAGCCACUUUGAUGGGUUCCAUUAAGGACGUUUAUGAACCACAUCCUGAGGCGUCUGAAAACUAAGAACAGAAGGAUAUGUUCAUUUGACAGCAGUGUUAUAUCUGAGCCACGUGCACCAUGUGGUCAGCAGGGCUGCUUUUUUCCCACACCUUUGGGACUCUAGAUUUAUCAUGAUGCUAUUUUUGUCCGCUGCACUCCCCGAGUUUCCCACCAACUGAUUUUGACUGUGACAACAUGUCUCUACCCAAGCGGAGGAAAAUCAGGACUUUUGCUCUCCUGUUUUGUGUCAUUACAUUUACAACGUUCCUGUUCAGUUACACUUUCCGGGACCCCUCGCUCUACUUCUUCAAGUACGCAUUUCGCCUGUCAGACAACUUCUUCUCCAAAGGGCUCUGCGCCUGUCGACAGUGCGUAGCAGAGCUGGAGGACGACUCGUGGUUCGCCGAGCGCUUCAAUCAGUCCAUCCACCCUCUGAUGACCAGGGAGAACAGCAUCCUCUCCGAUGAGACUUUUAAGUGGUGGCAGUGGUUGCAGUCGGAGAGGCAGCCGGCCAACUUCACUGAAGUUGUGGAGGAGCUGUUCCAAGUCAUCCCUGAUGAGGUGCUUUACAUGGACGCCAGCCCCGAGCGCUGCAGGACCUGCGCCGUGGUGGGGAACUCUGGGAACCUCAAGGGCUCCCAUUACGGCGGCCUGAUUGACUCUAGUGAUUUCAUCAUAAGAAUGAACCAGGCUCCCACCACAGGCUUCGAGGAGGAUGUGGGAGGCAGAACAACUCAUCAUGUCAUGUAUCCAGAAAGUGCCAUAGACCUGGACAACACCACCAGUCUGGUCCUGAUCCCUUUCAAGACUCUGGACCUGCAGUGGAUUGUCAGCGCUUUGACCACUGGCACUAUUAAACACACGUAUUUACCUGUUGUGUCCAGGAUAAAGGCAAACAAAGAUAAGGUGUUGAUUUACAGUCCGACAUUCUUCAAAUACGUCUACGAGUCUUGGCUUGAGGGUCAUGGACGAUAUCCUUCGACCGGUUUCCUCAGCUUGCUGCUCGCCCUCCACAUAUGUGAUGAGGUCAGUGUGUUUGGAUUCGGUGCAGACCAGUAUGGAAACUGGCACCACUACUGGGAGGAGAACCAUCUGGCUGGAGCUUUCCGACACACGGGAGUCCAUGAUGGAGAUUACGAAUAUAAUGUCACCGUGCUGCUGGCGGACAAGCACAAAAUCCGAAUGUUUAAAGGCAGAUGAUAGGAAGCCCCAUAUGUGCAGUGGGAUGACCACCAAAUGAACCUCAGCAGCCUUUUAAUGUUGAUUACUGUCCAGAAGAAUGCUUUUUUUUUUUUUUUUCCAUGGUUUCCAAAGACAUUUUCACACGAGCUACUCUGGUCAGUCCUGUUUCCUGCUGAGUGCAUACGUUGCUGUUGAACAAAUGUCUUUGACAAAUCGACAGAGUUUUUGUCUCUCUGCGUCCAGGCGCAGACCAUCGAAAAACACAGCACUGCCACGUUCCAUAAUGUCUGAGCCCAACUCAAAGACAUCUGGGACUGAACACAGACGAGGACAAGAGAAGAAGCUGUCUGUCAAGCAUGCUAUACAUAAAAAGCCUCAGUACUAUUAUAUAGUAUGUGUAAACUCCAUAUUUUCUUUUUUUUUAUGACAGUGGCAAGCAUUGUGGACACCUUUGUAUGUUAAUGUUCAUUGAUACAAAAUAUUCUCUGAUGACAGUAGUGAUCAGACUAAGUGCCAAAACCGAACAGCUGAUGUGUGGACAUGGUGCAGGGUAGUUUGUGCAGAAUUGAUCAUUGUCUUUUAUGUAGGAAGAGCCUGUAUUGGAAGCUGUUAAAGUCCAAAUUGAUAACCAACAAACAUAAAAGCAUUUUAAGUUUCAUAACGAAACCACUUCAGAAUGCACUGUAAAUAUCAUUUCCACAAUGUGGCAGUGAAGGCGUUUUACAUUAUAUUAGAUGUGAGAGAGAAUCAGCUUUUUUUUUCAUCACACUGAUCGAUUUGGACAUAAAGUACCCGCACCACAGACCUACUUGCAUCCUGCCUGUCUGAUUGCAGCUGUAAAAUACAGUUCGACGAGGCUAAAGGGACACUUAAAAUCAAGGCCAAAAUCAGCCGCAAAGAACAUAUUUUACUACAAUGUGACAUUUAUAGAAUGCCCACAGGGCUGUAGCCAGCUUUUUUUUUUUUUUUUUUUAAGAAAUACUGAAGUCAUACGUUUCCUAACACAUUGUCUUUCCUACUUGGAAGUUUUGUAUCUCAUAGUAAAGAUAGCAUCUCAUUAUUCAGUGAUUAUUUAUUUUGGCCUUAUUUAUGUAUUCAGUGAACUAUGCAUCUUCUAAAUUUAAGUAAAUUUUAGUGCUCACUACAUCAAUGUUGUUUUGAAGCCACCAUGCCAGAAGCAGAAUUCUAUCAAAACUUGCUAAACUUUGCAGUUUGAAAUAUAAAGCCAAAAAUAAUAAAAAUCAAGCCCACAGAAAUAUGCAUCUUUCAGCCAAUCAAUUAUCACGGCUCCAAGGAUGUCAACAUUGGACUUGUUGGUCAGCUGAUGCUUUGGCCCAGACUAACAUUAUUUAAAGAUUUGUGGUCUCUAGAUGAUUUUACUUUGCUGAUCCCUGACUUUUCCUCUUAUGCUAAUCAUAAAUCAAGCUUUGGGGUUUUAAGUGAACAACUGUUGGACACAUAUUCAUGUAGUUGAAAUGUGGUGGCCUCCUAAAUUUCUCUUUAUCUCAAAUUUAAUGUUUGGCUUAAGACUAAAUACCCAGAGAACCAAUGACAUUCCCAUCAGCUGUGCUUUGUGAGUUGUGCUAACUAGCCAGUGUUAGCAUGCUAACAUGCUAAACUACUGUAUGAUGGUAAAUAUGGUAAACAUCCACUAUGCUGAGCUUCAUAGUGUCGGUAGUGUCACUGUGAGCAUUUUAACAUGUCGACAUUAGCAUUUAGCCGUAGACUGUAUGUAGGAGUUGGACGGAGACGCUGUCGUGUCACCUGCUGGUUUGUGGACUAACAUCCUGAAGCCUCCAGUUUGAAAUUUGUGGUCCUUAAAAAAAAAAACAGACAUAGUGAACUAGCAGACAGAACUUAAGGACACUACAGACGCUGAUAAGGUCGCGACCCGCCGAUCACAAGGUCUAAAACAGACCUGGCUUUAUCAUUUAUUCUAUUAGAACUGGGAACAUCAUUUCCAAAGUGAACAUCAUCCUGGAAUUAAGACCAUAAA